CCACCACCCCCGGCCACCGACCCCCAUCCCGGCACCGCUGCGGCGCGCAGAGCCCGCUCGCUGCCGGCGCAGACAGACCAAGGGCACCGGGUGGAGAAGCCGGGGGUCCCGCCGCCGCCGCGGCCCCGCUCCCUGCCGGCGCUGCCGACCCCCACUGCCCCCCCCCGCGCCACCGCCGCGGCGCUGGAUCUGCACCGGCUGACGCAGAGGGCGGCGAGCGACGGCCACCAGCUGCCACCGCUGCUGGCGGCGCUCACCCGCCGCCCCCGGGAUGUCGCACGGCUGCGGUGGCUGCGGGGCCACCAAACGCAGCGGCCGGGCCCCCCCCCCGCACCAAUCCCGGCCCUCGGCGUCAGCCUCCUGCGGCGGCCGGAGCUGGCGGAGAGCGCGGUGAGGCUGCGGGUGCAGCCGCCGCUGUGCCCCGAGCCCGCGGAGGUCGCGGCGGAGGCCGAGGCCGUGCCCGGCGGGGAGCUGCGGGCGCUCUACGAGCGGCUGGCGGCGGCGCUGCCCGGCGAGCGGCUGCGCUUCGAGCACGAGCCCCUGGUGGAGCCGGCUGCCGACGACAACGAGCUCGGCCCCGAGGGGCAGCAGGGGACCCGCGCCGCGGCACGCAGCGCCCCGACGGCACGGCGGCGGGAGCCCCAAAGCGCCUCGCUGCUGCAGGACUACCUGCGGUACCUCGCGGGCACCAGCUCUGACUUCGUCCACGCCAUCUUCAACCUCGGUGGCGGUGAGGAAGAGGAGGAGGAGGAGCCGGUGAAGGCCCCACAGGCGACGGCAGAGCCGCGGCAGCCGGCAGCGGUGACGACGGUGACACCAGCGGUGCUGCAGCAGCUUCAGCGGCGCCUCCGCCAGCUCUGGGCCGCGCUGCUCGUCCCCGGCCGCGAGCAGCUGGCCAUGGCCGCCAAAUACGCCGGCGGCGCGGCCCUGGCGCGGCUGCCGGCGGCGCUGGAGCUGUGGGAGGAGGCCGCCGGCCUCAUCCAGCAGCGGGAGCAGCUCCUGGCGUGGCUGGAGGGGCUGGAGGCGCGCGCCUCCGACCCCAACCGCUUCUUCUGCAGGGCCCCCAAGGCCUUCGCGGCGCGUGCCGGCGAGGCGCGGGCCCGCGGGCGGCUGCGUGCCGCCGUGGCGCGCUGCGAGGGGCCGCUCCGCGCCGCCCUGAGGCGCCUGCGGGAGGAAUUCGGGGACGUGGUGACGCUGCGGGGACGCCCCUACGAGGAGAAGAUGCGCCGGGACGGGGUGGAGAUGCUCUACCGGCUGCAACAGGGCCGCCGCGCCGGCGCUCUGGGGGCGAUGCUGCGGCAUGGGGGCCCCGAAAUAUCCCCGGGGGGCACAGGUGGGACGUGAGGACACGGG